UUGCAGGCGUUACUGGCUCUAUGUUGGUGCUUUGGCGUUUUCAACGGUGCACUAUGUUUUUCUGGUGAAGUACGUAGUGUAUGGAUACCGACGGUUCCAGGCUUCACAUUUAUUGGCCAUUCAUUUAUCGCGGAGCUCCUAUAUCUUAUGGAUUUUUAUUUUGCUGAAGCCGUCAUAAUCCUCAGUCUCGUUUGUUAUGUUGCUGUACUCGGAAUUAUUAUUCAUAGAGGUGACGCUAUGAAAACAAUGAGAGUACAAGGGCCAAUGAUACUUCAUUUCGGCACCAUUUUUGCCAUGACGGCAAUAGUGCUAUUCUUGUGGCACCAUCCUCCAAGCGACCAAGAUUUUUACGGUCAUGCCUUCAAUCUUCUUGUACUGCUUCGUUUCUGUAUUUCUCCGCUGCUCGCCCUUAUCACAAGCAGGUAA